UUGCAGGCUAUUUCCUGGAUUCUGCUUUUGGAAUCCUUUACCUGAGUUGAGAAUGAAGGAUAGGGUGCUAAGUUCUGCAGCUCAUGGAAUGCAGGCCAAGUCAAGCACUACUCAUAGUGGAGCUAGAAAAGAGCAUGCUAUAACUUCUAAUAAAGAGAAGAAAUCAGUAUAUUCCAAAUUUGGCUUUGGAGAAGAAAAAGUGAAAAAUGGUAUUGAUCAACAAAGAAGAGGUAGCAGCAAAUUAUCAGCCUUUGAGAGUACUCAAUGUGGUUUUAGAUGUGCAAGCCCUGUGGUUGAGAAAACUCUGUAUAUAGAUUAUGUGCAUAAAGAUAAGUUACAUUCAAAUUCUUCUUCUUCUGCAAUGAAAGGUCAAACCAAUCAUACAUGGGAUCCUUUUAAAACUUCAAUUAAAGAUAGUGGCAAUUGUAAGAAAAUUUCCAUCGAUCCUAAAAUUUCAGAAUCUCUUGAUUUGCCUUUUAACUGUUGUCCUUGUAGAUCCAGUAACGAUGUACAAAUGCAUGUCACAAAUCAUUCCAAUAAAUUAGAGCUAGAAAAGCAGAGCUCAACAGAGCCAUUAGAGCACGAAAUCGACUCGGCUAAGAAUUCAGCGAUCUCAAAUCCACAAGUGGCUCAAUGCAGCAAAACACUAUCAGAUAAUUUAGUGAUCAGGAAUCAGGAAAAUUUUGAUGGUCCAGUUCAGAAUCCUGCAUCAUGGAGAGGGUCGAGAUUGGCUGGCGACGUAGAGGUUGAUUUAAAGAGCCUAGUUGCUGCUCGUUCAACUGAUCAAGAAUGUUCAAAAAGGGUGAGUGAUGGAAGAACUGACCUAGAAAAUCAAUGUCAAAAGAGACUAGGCAAUCAAGAUGAGAUCAAUUUGAGGCUUUCUUUUUCUCUUCUUUCACCGAAAGCUCCAUCAGAUUCAUGGCUCAAACGAACUUUACCUAUCAUUUCCUCAAGUAAUGCCAUUGCUAAAAUUCCAGCAUGUUGUCGAAUUACCAAUACAGCAACACAUGAUCCUAAGUGGGAAAGGAUUGUCAGAUCUUCUGAGGAACUACUGACACCAAUUCCAGAAGAUUGAACUUUGUCUCGAGAGACGGUCACUGAUGAAAUGAUUAGCUACUUUUUUGGCUGUAUAAAGGUUUAAAACACUUUGCACUUGGUCAUUGUAUUUUCAUCUUCCAGGCCUUUUCUUCUGUGUUCCUAAGUGGGUAUAUACUAUAUUUGAAACUGUAAAUUACAAUUGGCCUUUUCUCUUCAUCAUGUCAAAUGUACAUGUAGCUAGAUUUU